AGAAAUAUCCAAUUUCUCCCAAAGUGCCGGCCACUAAAAAAGGAGCAUCGACGAAGAGACUCGAAGAAGAAAAAAAAAAAACGUACGCGGAUCCUUGGAGGUGUGACCUGAGAUCACGAAACAACUCGAUCAUUCAUCACCGUCACCAUGUGGAGAAGAAUCGUAUCCUCUCAUCUCAAAACCCUAGCCGCCGAUGUCGCCGCUGCUUCUCCUCGUCGUUCGAUAGCCACCACCACCACCGCGAGACCCGUUGGCUUCCAUCGCGCUGACAAUCCCGCUUCUUCUUCUUCCGUCACCCCUCGCUGUUUCAGCUCCGAAUCAGUAGAGACAAUAGCGAAGAAGAAGGUGGAGGAUGUUAUGCCCAUUGCAACUGGGCACGAGAAGGAGGAGCUUGAAGCUGAACUUGAGGGGAGGAGGCUGCUUGACAUUGACUUCCCCGAAGGUCCUUUUGGAACUAAGGAAGCUCCUGCUAUGGUAAAGUCCUACUAUGACAAGCGUAUUGUGGGAUGCCCUGGUGGUGAAGGCGAGGAUGAACACGACGUUGUGUGGUUCUGGCUGGAGAAAGGAAAGUCUUUUGAAUGCCCGGUUUGCACACAGUACUUUGAGCUAGAAGUGGUUGGUCCAGGUGGGCCUCCUGAUGAAGACGAUGAGCAUCACCACUACUGAUUCCAGCUUCUCACUUAGCCGCGAGUUUUACAUUUUGUUAUCAUAUAAUUUUUUACAGUUAUUCAUCGGAAUAAAAGAAAAUUCCACCGUUGGUGAAACAUAGUUGAAAAAUGUUUUUGAUCGUUUUAGAACAACACACAUUAUCGAAGUUUAUAAAUGCAAAGUACGAUAUAGCCUAUUUAUAUA